GAUUUUAUGCCGUGCUUAGUGUCUCGAAUAUUGCACCAUCUUAAGUUGGUGUUGGUUUCUCUGGGGACAUACCUUGGUCUUGUCUGAAGUAUUGAAUUGUUAACUACGUACAGUUACUGACUUUGGAUUGCCUGGCGCAAUGUUUAGCAAGUGACAACAAGUUCAAGCGUGCAUGCACGGAGACAGCCGCCCCCAAUCCGCCUCUAUCACCGCUGGUUUCACUUUACUAUGCAUUCCAAACGAUCUACUUGGAAAGAAGAGCAAUAAUUAUCGCCUUGUGUGAAAGCUGGAGAGAAUUUGAAGGAGUGCAUCGAUUUUGUGCGGAAUAAUUCAACCGAGUUUAAUAUGCAAUAAUUGACUCUGUCGCGAAAGGUUCUUUGAUGUCUAGACAGCCAAGAAAAAAAAAGCCAAUUUGUUUGUUUUAAUCGUUGGAGUAAACUCGGCUCAAGGCAUGUUCCACACGACAACGACGACAAAAACUGAUGGAAGCUGUUUUAAAACGAAGAAAAAAGUCAUUUUCCUUUUAAUAUCCGGUGUGUUAUUAAUCGUCCUUGGCACUGUGAGUCUCUGCAAAGCUGUUGCAUGGAUACAUUCCAUAAUCGACUCGAAGCUUGUGAUUAAACCGAGCUCUCCUAUUUACCAGCAAUGGAGAUCACCAACUGUCCCUGUUCUAAUGCAGUUCUAUGUGUUCAAUGUAGAGAAUCCGAUGGAAAUGAAACAGGGCAACCGUCCUUGUGUUAGUCAGAAAGGACCGUAUAGUUACAGAGUAUACCAGACGAAGGAAAACAUUACAUGGAACAAAAAUAGCACUGUAUCCUAUAAUAAAUUUACCAAGUAUGUCUUCGAUGUCGAUAGCUCGUGUUCGUCUUGUAAUCCUCACACUGAUAAUGUCACGCUCCCAAACAUACCGCUUGUUAUUCUUUCCCAAGUUUCCAAAAAAUAUCCCGGUGCAUCUUUGAUAUUCAGCAUGAUUUUCGCUCGUUUUAAGGAAGAGUUCUUCAGGGUUAACACAGUUGAAGAAUUACUCUGGGGAUACAAAGAUCCCGUGUUUGAGUUUUUUGCUAACCUCAAGCGAAAAUUUCAUUUGUCUUUCCUUCCGGAUAUUGAUCCUAUAUUCCGAAUGAUGGAGAAUAAUACUUACGAUGGCGUUACAACCACUUACACUGGAGCAUCAGAUAUCAGCCGUGCUGCAGUUUGGACUCGAUGGAAGGGAAGAUCUGAUGUAGGUUUGUGGAAAUCUCGUUGGGCAAACAUGUUCAAUGGAAGCGAUGGCAUGCAAUUUCCACCUCAAACCAGUACAGGAGACAUUCUCUAUGCGUUUUACGUACAACUCUGCAGGUCCAUGAGCUUUGUUUUUGACUCUCACACAAAUAUUGAUAGUGUGAAGACAUUGAGAUUUACGAACCCAGAGGAACUGUGGCAGAACGCGAGCGUGAACCCGGCCAACAAAGGCUUCUGUCCCAAUGGAUGUUUUCCAAGCGGCAUUCUCGAUGCAAGUGUUUGCAAAGGCCCCUCUGCCGGUUCCGUACCAGCCAUUGUGGCGUCUCAACCGCAUUUUUAUCAAGGCGACCCAUCUCUUGUAAAAAAUGUUGAAGGCCUGAACCCAGUCAAAGAAGAACAUGGUACCUUCUUUGACAUUGAACCAAAUUUUGGCCUUCCUCUUCACCUGAGUUUACGGCUUCAACUCAACUUGAAUAUUGAACAUGUAAAAUUCUUGGUGCAAAUGGCCGGUGUCAAGGAGGUGAUCUUGCCCAUAAUGUAUUUUAACAACACCGUGAAAGUGGAUGCAUCGUCUGCGAACAAAAUGAAGAGUGUAUUGAUUGCCAUGAGAGCUGUCCCUUUUGUCUCUGUAGCGUUGAUUUGCAUCGGAAGUAUUGAAGUUGUUGUUGCCAUUUGUUGCAUUGUAUCCAAGAAAUGGAAAUACAAUAAACAUGCAAUACGCGGAUUGUCAAGCUUAAACAGCGAAACAGAGCCACUUGUUACUUCAAGGAGAUAAACCUCAAUGGAUAAUACCGAAUAUUUUCGUAACUAAUAUUUUACGCAUCUCCGUAUGACUAUACGACAAUCGCGUGUUUUCAACCUUUCUAACUACCCUUAAGGGGAAAGGGGUGGGGCGUGCAUGGGGAGAGAACUUCCUUCACGGUCGUACCCUAGUCUUCUUCGUUUGCACUUUGAUUUCCUUCUUCCUCCUCUGUUGUUAGACGAUUAAAAAUCAAAUGACUCCCAAAUGUUGGUCUUGAUGUAUUUCCCUUCCGUUUGCUACCUAUUGUUUCAAUUCCCCUCCCCCUCCAAAUUUCCUGUAACAGUUUCUUGUUCAGACUUCAGCUCUUUGUAUUUCUUCAAUGUUACAUUACCGGAGGGAAUGGGGUGGGGGGAAAGGGCGGGAUGAUGACUAACGCACCGAAUUGAUUGGCUAACUGCCCUAUUUAUCGAUUAAGCGCUUGACCGAUCGGUUGCCAGUCUCCUUCGUAGCCUCUCUUUUCGAUGUCACGUAGCGCUUCCCCAUAAACCGUUGACAUCCCAUAGAGACUAAUAGAUUGCUCCUUUAAAAAAAUGGCCCGGUUAUGCGGUUGGUUGGGUAAAUGUUUGAUUGAUUCAUAAGGUUGACUGAUUCACCGAUCAUAAAGCGUAUGAAUUGACAGCGUGGAAACUUGAAAGCGAGCCAAGAAUAUGCAACUCGCACUUGCCAGUUGUUCUUCACAAUUGUCAUUUGUUUUGCAUAUCUGAAAAUCAGGGGCGGCAUGUGCGCAGUGAAAGCUUGAAAGAUUUUGUAAAGCCACUAACAGUGGUUCUAAUUAC